AUGGAGAUUGUAUAUUGUUAUAAAAAGAAAAUUCGUGAGCUGGGGCAGCCCUAUGAAUUUGAGGAUUCCGAACCAAUAAUUUUAGUAAAUAUCAAACCUGAAGAAAAGAUCCGAACAUUAAAUUAUAAAGAAAGAGACCCUUGUCAUAUCGGAAUUCAAGCUGCUCCUGAAUUAAGUGAACAUGCUGUAAAUACACUCACUAAGAAUUAUUCAAAUUCUGGAAUGGUCCACACAGAAGGUGGUUGGCCUAAAGAUGUAAAUGCUUUGGACGUGGAUGCAAAAAAGAGACAUCAAAAGAAAAUAGAAAAGGAUGAUAAUUAUAUUAGAUCAACACAAACACUUUCCAAUGAAAUGAUGAGAAAUUUAUCACUCAAUACUGCUCUGAAUGUUUAUGAGCAUUAUUUCGAUUCCGAUGAGAGCGAGGCAGCUCUCGAUGAUCAACUCAUACAAGCAACAACAUCAAAACCGACUGCAACUGUUCUGACAAUUCUGAAAGAUCCUUCUGAAUUCAAAAGAACAGCCAACCAUAUUGCUUGGAGUAUGGGUGAUUCAAAAAAGUUAGCUGUUGCAUACUUUGUACCACAAUCACAAUCAUUGACGGAGCAAAUUGAUAAGAAUUCUUAUAUUUGGGAUAUCAGAAAUCCAAAUACUCCUGAAAUGGCCUUAUCGCCUACAUCACCUUUGAGUUGUUUAGAGUUUAAUCCUAAAGAUUCUACUUGCUUAAUUGGAGGAGCCAGAAAUGGUUGUUUAUAUGUUUUUGAUACAAGAAGAGGAUCAAAUCCUGUUGAAUAUACAUCAAGUCAUGCAAGCCACAAAGAUCCUGUCUAUUCUGUAAAGUGGAUUCAAAGCAAGCAAUCAACAGAGUGUGUUAGUAUUUCUAGUGAUGCACAAGUAUUAUUUUGGGAUGUAAGAAAUUUAACAGAACCAUUCGAGAGGAAUACUUUGGAAAUUAUACAAUCUAAGAUUUAUCAGCCUCAAAAAUUUGGAGCCUUAUGUAUGGAUUACGACACUUCAUAUAGCACGUCUAAAUUAUUGAUUGGAUCGGAUAGAGGACAAGGAAUUAUUUGGAAUAGGAAAGCUAGAAAGGGAGGAAAAGAAAAGAUUGAAAGAGUUUUUCUUGGACAUCACAGUUCAAUAUUUGCAAUUCAGAGGUGCCCUUUCAAUCCAAAAUAUUUCCUGACUAUUGGAGAUUGGAGUGCUAGAAUUUACUAUGACGAUAUCUGGAAAACACCGAUUAUGGAAACUAAAUAUUGUGACUCUUACCUGACGGAUGGUUGCUGGUCUCCUACAAGACCAGGAGUCUUUUUCACAUCAGCUGUGGAUGGCACAUUCAGUGUUUGGGAUGUACUUCACAGUCAAUCUAAGCCAGUUGUUAAUUUGCAUCUUACUUCGAGUUUGCAAUGUGUGAGCACUGCAAAUGGAAGACAUAUAGCUGUAGGUGAUAAGGAUGGUGGAGUUAGUUAUAUUGAAUUAAGCGAUGAUUUAAGUGGCUAUUUUAAUGGUCAACCUAGGACAGUAAUUGAUGAAAAGAAUGCAAUCAAUGAUAUGUUUGAACGAGAAACAAGAAGAGAGAAAGUUUUAGAACAAAAAGUUAAACCACAAGAGGGAUCAGAAUCAAUGAUGUCAGCUUCAUCAGACUCACUUGUCAGAUACUUGUCCCCAAGUGAACAAGCCUUAGACUCAUAUUUCGAAGAAGAAGUAACUCGGCUCGGAAUUUCAACCAUUAAAUAA